AUCAUAACGUAUUCUUGCGUAACAAAAGUUGGCAAGACAUCAAGUUGAGAAAUAAAGAGUGUUUUUGACAAAAGAGCUGUACAAAUUUUAACAUUAACAACCAGGUUUUAACUGCCGAACUACCGUACCCAUAGCGAAAAUAAUUUACCUAAGGUGAGAUAGUAUGCCGAACAGGUUUUGAUUUGUACUGUAAACCUUGGAGCAGUGGUCCUACCACAAUUGAAUGUUGCGUAUUCAAUGCAAGAGGCAGCAAAAUGCGUAUUUCAUCUGCGCUAGGUACGAGGGAAGAGCUUACAAAGAGAAAAAUUAAAGCUUGAGCCCUGCGAAUUCGGAUGGCAAUUGGAUCAGAAAGCGAAACAAUAGUUCCUAAAUUGGUUUACUUGCUCUUUGGGUCGUCGAACACAAACUCGUAUGUCGUUAAGUUGAAGAAAUGGUGUGAUAGUAAGGUCAUUGGUGGAAUGUUCUGCGCUGCAGAAGUGCUCUGCAAAACCAGACUCUUCUACUUUUUUGUUGAUAAUGCCUCGUCGGUGUUCGUUACAUCUGUCUUCCAGUCGUUUUGUUUACUUUUUAAGAGCAAACAAUAUUAGUAUUCAAGUUGUUCCGAGUUCUUUGUUACAAAUAACCUCAAAGGGUCCUACUAACAACUCAAAACUGUAUAUCUACAGGUAGUUGCAGUAGAAUAAUGUCUAUGCGACGUACCUACUUCUCAUUAGUAAUCAAAGAGAAGGCAUAUGUUAUAAAAAAUUGAUAAUAACUACAGGUGUCUAUAUCAAGCAUUGAGUUAAGGUUUCAUUGUUUUUAUGCAUCUGGUAACUGCCAAUAACGGAUCUUUUACCUUUUCAUAUUACAAUUGAUACAGAUUGCCAAGCUGUUUUACUGCAGACAAGGGCUAGAGGAGUACCGAAAAGCCACCAUGGUGAAUGCAUCAAUGUUCUUUGCCAUUUUUUCAGUUUUUCAGUUAUCUGUUAUACGCAGCAACCUUGUAUCAAAAGGUUCUUACUUCAUCGAGCUUGGAGAUGCACAAGAGAAAGGUUCUGAUCUCAGCUUGGGUACAACAGUUUUUAGCAAGAACUUUCAUAAAUGCAGUCUAGUGGACAGCUGCAAAUAUCUAUCACUGGAUACAAAUACAAAUAAAUACACUCAAAUAUCAAAUGAAGAUGAGAUACCGAAAAGCAGAACUGGAUUCAAAAUCUGGAAGAAAGUUUCUCCAGAAGGACCAACAUAUCGAAGCUGCAAAGACGCAUACAAAGCAGGAAACCUUGGCAGCGGAGUCAUCAAGAUAGGGUUACGAGAUGGUAGAACAACUCAAGUAUACUGUGAUAUGGAAACAGACGGUGGAGGUUGGACUGUGUUUUUACGGCGGGUGACAAGUCUAACAAACUUUAACAGAACAUGGCAGGAAUGUACACAAGGCUUUGGUGAUUUGAAGAGCAAUUUCUGGUUGGGGCUGGACACAAUCCACUAUUUGACAAGCCGCGAAAAUGUCACCUUGAGAAUAGACCUUAAAGCGACAAACGGCACGCAGGGGUUUGCAAAGUAUACUGAAUUUCGCAUUGCAGGAAGGGAGACAGAAUACACAAUACAUAUUGAUGGAUACACAGGUGACAUUGGGGACUCUAUGCUAACUGGGAUGAAUUUCUCAACUUGGGACAACGACAAUGAUAACAGAAACGAUCUUAAUUGUGCUACUAUUCGUGGGCCAUGGUGGUAUAGAGGCUGUUCUAAGGCCCGCUUAAUGAGUCUCUUCCCAACAGAGACUGAAAUACUAAACGAAAAACUGAAAUGGGAAACGUGGGGUGACAUUUCCCAUAUGAUCGCUUUUGCAGACAUGAAACUGCGAGAAUAGUUUGAUAAAGGACACGACGAGAUAAAAGCACGGUGUUUAAGAGGGACAAUGCCUGCCAAAAGCACUUGGAACACCCAGCAAUUUACGCUACAUUUGAUAUCUUUCAUUCCUUUCAUGAAAAAAAUUUGCUACUUCCGCUCCCUUCCCCCUAAAACAAUGUUGAUGAUUUAGAGAAAUAUCAUAAAAGAAGCGCAAAAGAAAGUGCUUCCUAAAAUCCUAACCCGUCUGAUAGUAAACCAACAUUGUUCUGUAGGGUAGAGGGGGAUCAUUGAUUUUGACCUUGGAAAUUGAUGUCAGUGUUCCAAGACAUUUGGCAGGCAUUGGAGACACAUCUAGCACGUAGAUAAUGAAGGUCGACAGAGGCUUAAAUUUCCCGUGGUUGUUAAAGCUAACCCCUAGUUGAUUUAACAUAGCCAGUUGGAGUCGAGCCCUAAGAAUUAUACCUUGACUGCAUUAAGCACCAAUAAAGUGAAGGGUGUAAAAGUUCAAAAAGAAACUCUAACAGGAUCAGUAGAGCAAUGAUAAUAAAUAAAUUCUGUAUGGAGCAUGAUGAAUCUCAACUACAUGAGUGUGAAAAUGAAUAUAGAUUAUGAAUAUUCGAUAGGUGAUGGGAACAAACGAUACUGAUGACCUGAUUCUGUUGAUAUGGGCUCAUUGUCAGGGGCUUAGUAGAGGUGUAGGCGGUGUGACAAUCCCUAUUCUUCACGAGUUGGUCAGUUAAUUUUCAGUUUGUCCACAAAAUCUUUAGUUUGUCGGUAAAAUCGACUUUCAGUAGGCAAAAUAUCGCCCAAAUUUUCUUUCAUUUAUGUCUUCGUUGUUAUAUUUUACUAUGAGAGAGACAGGCACCUCCAACCCUAUCCUGGAAAGGGAAGCUACAAUGCAUGAUAAAAUCAAAUGUCAAAAAUUAGUAUUUUCAAUACAAAUAAGACAGGUUAGCAGAAAGCAGGUCUUUUGUUCGUUUCAACGUCCCAAAGUGCCGCUGGCUCUCCAAAGUGCCGCUGAUUCAACACAAUACAUAUUCGGAGAUGGCAAAGUUUAAAUUCUCAAAAGUCUAACAUCAUGGCC